AUGUUGGAGAAGAAGCAGCGGUAUCCCACUGACAAGGCCUACUUCAUCGCCAAAGAGAUUCUGACGACGGAACGGACUUAUCUGAAAGAUCUUGAGGUCAUCACUGUGUGGUUCCGCAGUGCUGUGAUCAAAGAGAACGCCAUGCCUGAGGGCCUCAUGAACCUGCUCUUCUCCAACAUCGACCCCAUCUACGAGUUUCACCGCGGAUUCCUCAAAGAGCUGGAUCAGCGCCUCGCCCUGUGGGAGGGCCGGUCCAACGCUCACGUGAAAGGGGACUACCAGAGGAUCGGGGACGUCAUGCUCCGCAACAUGUCUGCACUGAAGGAGUUCACCGGUUACCUUCAGAAACACGACGAGGUGCUGACAGAGCUGGAGAAGGCCUCGAAGCGACUGAAGAAAUUGGAGACGGUUUAUAAAGAGUUUGAGCUGCAGAAAGUCUGUUAUCUCCCUCUGAACACGUUUCUGCUGAAGCCCAUCCAGAGACUGAUGCAUUACAAGCUCAUACUGGAGAGACUCUGCAAGCACUACUCCCCCACGCACAAGGACCGCGAGGACUGCACGGUUGUUGGAGCUUUGUGA